CGCCUCCAAGCUGACAGCGGCAGUAGCCGAGCUGACCUUCCUCGCGGCCUCGUCGCUCGUCCUGGAGCCAGACGAGGACCUUGAAUGUUUAGAAUUUGAUCUUCUGCGUUUGUUUGACCGUACAGACACGCAGCCAUGUCCGCCCCACUGGACGUGCAGGAUCUGAAGGUGGACGAGAUCAACGUGUCCUCUGCAGUGCUGAAGGCUGCUGCCCACCACUAUGGCUUCCAGUGUGACAAACCCAACAAGGAGUUCAUGCUCUGCCGCUGGGAGGAGAAGGACCCCAGAAAGUGUCUAGAAGAAGGGAGAAAAGUCAACGAGUGUGCACUCAACUUCUUCAGGCAAAUCAAGGGAAGCUGUGCCGACUCCUUCACGGAGUACUGGACCUGUCUGGAUUACUCAAACAUGGCAGAACUGCGGCACUGCCGCAAGCAGCAGCACGCCUUCGACAGUUGCGCCUUUGAUAAACUGGGGUGGCAGAGACCCGAGCUGGGAGAGCUGUCUAAGGUGACCAAAGUGGCGACCGAGCGCGCCCUUCCGGAGAACCCGUACCACUCCAGGCCACGUCCUGAAGCCAACCCAGUCAUCGAGGGUAAACUGGAGCCUGCCAAACAUGGCAGUAGAUUAUUCUUCUGGAGCUGGUGAGGCAGCUCCAGAAAGUCCGUCACCUUCCCAACACAUGGGCUCUGUCUAAAAACAUCUUGCCUACAGGUGAUCAUUGAUACAUCGGCAAUACUUAAAAAACUUUAAAAUCUCUCUGGUGCAGACGCCAUUAAUAUGGAUGCUAUAGAUUUGGCACAUUAUUUUUCGUGGUUUUGGACAGGGCUUAUGUCCCAACAGUCUUUUCAUCAGCUGAACCUCCAGCGUCGUCUAACAGUUGUAUAAAGGAAGGAAGGAGAGAUGGAUGAUCGUGUUAACAAAUUCCAUGGAUACAGCUUUCUUGCCCACUUCUGUAAAUGUAAUGAGUGAACUAAUGCAACAUGCUGUUAUUGUUGUCAAAUAAUAAAAAAAUGUAAUUAUAA